GAUCGCCUCCGCCCAAAGAUAUAGUCUUGGCCUUGAGUAUAAAAAGAUUAAGUAACAAUUGAUUAUCACAACCACUGCGAUUACAAGUCAAUAUUUAUUAUCGUGUUGCGACAUAGUAAGCAACAGGAGCGAUCUCCGAACAGGUAAAUAAACAACGUCUACCACAGAGUCCAUAAUGGUAAAAGCCCCCUUGGUAACUCUCAACAAUGGGCUAACAUGCCCACAACUUGGCCUAGGCACGUGGUUGUCCGCCCCUGGUGAAGUCCAACGGGCCGUAAAACAUGCCAUCGACAUCGGAUAUCGUCACUUUGACUGCGCCAUGCUUUACGGCAACGAAAAAGAAAUCGGCGAAGGAAUUAGAGAAAAAAUCGCUGACGGAACAGUAAAAAGAGAAGAACUGUUUAUUGUGACCAAGCUCUGGAAUACAUUCCACGAAAGAGAAAAAGUUGUACCCACUUGUAAAAAGUCGCUCGAAAAUUUUGGUUUAGAUUAUCUUGAUUUGUAUCUCAUCCACUGGCCUGUGGCAGAAAAAAUUCACGGGGAACUAGACAUCCAUCUACCUUUCAAAGGCGCAGUUGGAAUUGACUAUGAUUAUGUGGAUACUUGGAAGGGAAUGGAGGGGUGUGUUCAACAAGGUAUUGCUAAAAGUAUUGGUUUGUCUAAUUUUAACAGUAAACAGGUUGAAAGAGUCCUACAGAAUGCAACCAUAAAGCCUGUAAUGAAUCAAAUAGAAGUGACCCCAAAUCUCAAUCAGAGGAAAUUAAUUAAAUUCUGCAUGGAUCGUGACGUCAAGAUAACAGCGUAUAGCCCGUUUGGGUCGCCUGCAAGACCAUGGGCCAAACCGGGCGAUCCCGUUCUAAAACUGGAUGACCCCAAGCUGGUAAACAUUGGGAAAAAAUAUGAAAAAACCGCCUGUCAAGUGAUCCUGCGCUACUUAAUACAACUAGGAGUCAUUCCCAUUCCCAAAUCUUCAAACCCAGGAAGAAUAGAACAAAACAUAGAUGUUUUUGACUUUAAAUUGAGUGAUGAAGAUAUGAAGAUUGUUGAUAGUUUUAACUGCAAUGGAAGGGCGGUCCAUGCAGAAGAACUGAAAGGGCUGCCACAUUAUCCAUUUGAGGGAGUGGAAUUUUAAUUGACUAAAUCAACAAUUUACAUAAUUAUAUAAUUACCAAAAAAACGUCUGAUCACACAAACGUUUCAAUUAAAUACUACCUUACACAAAUA